AGCUGUGCUGCGGCUCGGGCGCCCGCGCUCGGCGCUGCUGUGGGCGAGCGGCCCCGAGAGCUCCCGGGGGGCAGCUGUGUGGUAGCGCUGUUGAAGAGCUGACCUGCACGGGCCAGAGAUGUGUGCUCACUGCUGCUCGGCGCCCAGCUUGGACCAGCUUCCUGCCAGCUUGAUCCCGUGCUUGGACUCCAAGGUGACCAUGGAGGCUGGCGGGCUGCCCCUGGAGCUGUGGCGCAUGAUCCUGGCCUACCUGCACCUCCCGGACCUGGGCCGCUGCAGCCUGGUGUGCAGGGCCUGGUACGAGCUGAUCCUUAGCCUGGACAGCACGCGCUGGCGCCAGCUCUGCCUCGGCUGCACCGAGUGCCGCCACCCCAACUGGCCCAACCAGCCCCACGUGGAGCCCGAGUCGUGGCGGGAGGCCUUCAAGCAGCACUACCUGGCCUCGAAGACGUGGGCCAAGAACGCCCUGGACCUCGAGUCGUCCGUCUGCUUCUCGCUCUUCCGCCGGCGGCGGGAACGGCGCACCCUGAGCGUGGGGCCGGGCCACGAGUUCGACAGCCUGGGCAGCGCCUUGGCCAUGGCCAGCCUCUACGACCGCAUCGUGCUCUUCCCAGGCGUGUACGAGGAGCAAGGCGAGAUCAUCCUGAAGGUGCCCGUGGAGAUCGUGGGUCAGGGCAAGCUGGGGGAGGUGGCCCUGCUGGCCAGCAUUGACCAGCACUGCUCCACCACGCGCCUGUGCAACCUCGUCUUCAUGCCCGCCUGGUUCUCCCCCUUCAUGUUCAAGACAACAUCGGGGCACGUCCAGUUUGACAACUGCAACUUCGAGAACGGCCAUAUCCAGGUCCACGGCCCGGGCACGUGCCAGGUGAAGUUCUGCACCUUCAAGAACACACACGUCUUCCUGCACAACGUGCCCCUGUGCGUCCUGGAGAACUGUGAGUUUGUGGGCAGCGAGAACAACUCCGUGACGGUGGAGGGUCACCCGUCGGCCGACCGGAACUGGGCCUACAAGUACCUCCUGGGGCUCAUCAAGUCUUCGCCCAGUCUGCUCCCCACCGAGGACUCGGACGCCCUGAUGUCCCUGGACCUGGAGAGCAGGGACCAGGCAUGGAGCCCCAAGACGUGUGACAUCGUCAUCGAGGGCAGCCAGAGCCCCACCAGCCCCGCCUCCAGCUCCCCCAAGCCCGGCUCCAAGGCCAGCUCCCAGGAGACGGAAGGGGGCAGCGACGGGGAGCGAGUGGCCCAGACCCCGGACAGCAGCGACGGGGGCCUGAGUCCCAGCGGCGAGGAGGAGGACGAGGACCAGCUGACCUACCGGCUGUCCUACCAAGUGCAGGGCCCCCGCCCGGUCCUGGGGGGCUCCUUCCUGGGCCCCCCGCUGCCGGGCGCCUCCAUUCAGCUGCCCAGCUGCCUCGUGCUCAACUCCCUGCAGCAGGAGCUGCAGAAGGACAAAGAGGCCAUGGCCCUGGCCAGCUCCGUGCAGGGCUGCCUCAUCCGUAAGUGCCUGUUCCGGGACGGGAAGGGCGGCGUGUUCGUGUGUUCCUAUGGCCGCGCCAAAAUGGAAGCCAACGUCUUCCGGAACCUGACCUACGCCGUGCGCUGCAUCCACAACAGCAAGAUCGUCAUGCUCAGGAACGACAUCCACCGCUGCCGGGCCUCGGGCAUCUUUCUGCGCUUGGAGGGAGGGGGCCUGAUCGCCGGCAACAACAUCUACCACAACGCCGAGGCAGGCGUGGACAUCCGGAAGAAGUCCAACCCACUCAUCCUGUGCAACCAGAUCCACCAUGGCCUGCGCUCUGGCAUCGUCGUCCUCGGCAACGGGAAAGGUGUCAUCAGGAACAACCAGAUCUUCUCAAACAAGGAGGCUGGCAUUUACAUCCUAUACCACGGGAACCCCAUUGUGAGUGGGAACCACAUUUUCAAGGGCCGUGCGGCGGGCAUCGCGGUGAAUGAGAACGGCAAAGGCCUCAUCACAGAGAACGUCAUCCGGGAGAACCAGUGGGGCGGGGUGGACAUCCGCCGGGGCGGCGUGCCCGUGCUCAGGAGCAACCUCAUCUGCUUCGGCUACUCAGACGGCGUGGUGGUGGGCGACGAGGGCAAAGGGCUGAUCGAGGGGAACACCAUCUACGCCAACAAGGGCUGCGGGGUGUGGAUGAUGUCAUCCAGCCUUCCCCACGUCACCAGCAACCAUGUCAGCUACAACGGCCUCUACGGAGUGGCCGUGUUCAGCCAGAAGGACGGCUCCGGCGAGCUUCCCGGAGGCCAUGGGGCCCAGGAGAACUUCAGCGAGGACGGGGACGCCAUCCUCUGGGAGACAGAGCUGGAGAAGGACGAUGACCCGCUGCGCCGGCCUGUCACCGUGGCACUCGUGGAGUCCAACAGCAUCAACCACAACGGGGCCUCGGGACUGUAUGUGCAGAGCAGUGAGGCGCUGCACGUGGUCACCAAUGUCAUCCACGCCAACGGGGACCGAGGCAUCACCGUCGCGCAGAGCAGCCAGCUCACCCGGGUGGCCAACAACAGCAUCUCCUGCAACCGGCAGAGCGGGGUCCGGGUGGAGGCGCCGUGCAAGGUGGAGCUCCGGGGCAAUGGCGUCUACGACAACCGUGGCCACGGCGUCAUCACCAAGGGUGACAGCACCGUGGUCAUCGAGAACGACAUCAUCGGCAACCGGGGCAGCGGGCUGCAGCUGCUGCCCAGGUCUGACACCAAGGUGAUAAAGAACCGGAUCCACUCGUUUCGGGCCUACGGCAUUGCCGUGCGGGGCCGCGCCAAAGCCCUGGUGCAGGAGAACAUCAUCUUCCAGGGCAAGAACAACAAGACCAUCUUCCAGCAGAUUGCGAACAACCGGGACUGCGUCAUGCAGAACAACAAAUUCUUGGUCUUCAAGAAAAAAUCAGACACGUGGCGCCUCGUGAACCCCCCAGCACGGCCCCACCUUGAGAACGCCCUCCGGGUUCCCUCAUCAGCCCACAGUGGGCAGAAAGUGACGGCCAUGGCGACCCGGAUCUCAGCCCGAGUGGAAGGCGGUUACCACAGCAACCGAAGCAUCUUCUGCACCAUCCUAUGAGAGGAGUCCUCGGCACGGGUCCUGGGGCUGGCCCAAGACUCUGGGAGCAGCCCCCUCUCACAGCCUGCUCUUGGGGUGCUGUGACUAAGAGGCACGGACGCCGUGGGGUGGAAAACGCAGUGACCAAUGAUGGCACUGGGUCGGGUCCCCACUGUCCUCAACUCCCCAGGCUUCCUGGGGAACUCAGAUCAUCAACCUGCCCACCCCCACCCCACCGCCUUUCUGCCCCAAGGUCCUCCACAUGGAGCACUGGGAGGGAUGAUUCUUGAGGAGAAAAUGGAACCAAAGGUGGUGGGUUCGGGCAGAAUUGGGGGAGUCAGAGCUUGGGAGUGAGGCGCACUCACUCCAGACUCUUCAUGGGAAUAGCCACCCUCACGUCCUGUGCUGUCCCUUUCCCCGACCUUUCUGUGGCCACCCGGGACCUCACCAGACUCCUUAGCUGUCCGCAGGGGCUGAUGUUCCUCAAGCACCUGGAUUUCUCCCUCCCUGGACAGAGAUGCGGGAGGCGUCCAGGCUGACGAGGGCUGCGUGCUCCUUGCCGGCCCCUCACAGUGCCCCCCAGACUCUGGAGGGCCACCCACACCAGCGGCCCUGCGGGAUCCAGUUCAUGUCUGCCCACAGGCCCCGCCGCUACCCCCCGCCCUGCCGUGGUUUCCCACUGUGCCUUGGCUCUCGCUCCCCACUCCUGCCAGCAUGCCUCCGCCUCGGUCAGCGCGCACACUGCCACCUCCUGAGCCCGCCCUCGCCGUGGCCGUGCCCUUCCCCCUCUGAGCCCCUCAGGUACUGAGCACUUUCUGCCUUGCUUGGCAUUUGCCCUGCCCCUCGUCCCUGCCUGGGAGGCCCUGUAGGGGCCCCGUGUCACGGUCUGUGUCCCCGGGACCCUGCUGGGCUGGAGGAGGUUCGGGAAGGGCCAGCUCCCGGAGGCCUCCCCUCGGCCAGCACAGGCACGCCCAGGUCCCCAGAGCUGGGGGCCCCCACCCACCCCGCCCCUCCUUCGGGGCCUCGGCCAGCCCCGGGGUUGCUGUCGAGCAUCUGCUGACGGCUCCCUGGGCUGGUUCUCCCCGGCCCUGGGUGCUGCUCUCGGGGUGGGCGCUGGGGAGCACGGACGAGAGGCCUGUCCCGCUUCUCUCGUGAGUCGCUGUACAAAAUGCUGCCUUUAUAAUUUUGUAAGAAACGGCUUUUCCGUGAACCAAGUGCUUUGACAAAUCUCAGCAACCAAAAUAAAAGUUUUUAUUUUAACAGCG